CAGGAGCAAACGCCUUUUUUUGCAUUUACUAGCUUACUGCACCGUGCUAUAUAAUUGCCCCCAAAUUAUAUAAACAGAAACCGGCGGGAUGGGUCACUCAAAUGUAUUGGAAGCCCUCAACGUUCGAGUGGUGGGCAACGGCGAGAAAACCCUGGUGCUAGCCCACGGGUCGGGCACCGACCAGUCCGCAUGGCGGGGCAUUUACCCUCAUUUCGUCCGGGACUACCGCGUCGUCCUCUUCGACCUCGCCUGCGCCGGCAGCGUCAACCCCGACUAUUUUGACUUCUGCCGCUACACAACACUCGACGCCUAUGCCGACGACCUCAUCAACAUUCUCACUCAUCUUAAAAUCCAGCGCUGCGACUACGUAGGCCACUCUAUAUCCGCCAUGAUCGGAAUCCUCGCCGCCAUACGCCGCCCCGAUCUCUUCUCCAAGCUUGUCCUCGUCGGUGCUUCCCCCAGGUUCUCGAACGAGGGGGACUACCAUGGAGGAUUUGAUCGAGAAGAAGUGGAAAAAGUAUUCAGCGCUAUGCAAGAGAACUACGAGGCUUGGGUGAAGGGGUUCGCACCUCUGGCGGUGGGAGCGGAUGUGCCGGAGGCAGUUCAGGAGUUUACAAGGACCCUCUUCAACAUGAGGCCGGACAUAACCCUCUUCGUAUCCCAGACAGUGUUCAAUAGUGACCUGAGGGGGGUUUUGGGGCUGGUCGAAUGUCCUUGUCACAUCGUACAAACAGCAAAGGAUGUGUCAGUUCCGGCGUCGGUGUCAACGUACCUGAAGAACCACCUCGGAGGGCGGAACACGGUGCACUUGUUGCCUAUAGAGGGUCACUUGCCACACUUGUCUGCGCCAGCUUUGUUGGCCCAAGUGUUGAAGAAAGCCUUGUCCCCUGGGCUGGGAAGUCAGUAGUUGUUGGCACAUCCUCUGCACCAGCAGCUUUGUUGGCCCAGUUUAUCUAGCUUAUAUGAAGUGUCGUGUACGACUACCUUAUGUUUACUUUUGUGGAUGAGGACCGGACCAAUUAAGGUAAGGAUUGGCCCGGAUCGGGAACAGUAAAACCCACACCGAACCGGAAAGCACCGAAUAAAAAUAUUACUACAAU